UGCGCCGCGCCGCCGUGCUGGACCCCCGACCUCAUCCUGAGCGCCGCGCAGUGCCCUCCCUGCGCCACCCGGGAAGGGCUGGGACGGGGGAUGGGCAGGCCCGCCGGGAGAUGUGUCUGCGGACCGUGCCUUUACCCCUAGCGAGUGUUCAUGUUUAACGAUUUCCUAGCCUCUGACCUUGGCAGGAGAACUACUUCUUCCUCCCGCCAUCCCUCCAAACCCGCAUCCCCCGCUACUGGAAUUUGCUUCGUCCAUGGAGCGCCUGUGUCCGUCCCAGCUGCAAAGUGCAUGAUCGCGUGUCUUCACCGCCACAGCAGCUGCGCAUUUAUGCCAAUCCAGAGUGAACUUGCCCGGGUCUGAAACCCUCAGGUGAGACAAACAGCCGGAAGUAGAGACACCAGAAGUGGUUGCUCUUGUGUAAUCACAUGCAAAUGUCAGUAUCUGUUGCCAAACACUGAAAGAGAAGCCGGUACCAGCUGAUCAUCAUAAAAGCUUUCCCAGCCUCGGAGCUUUCAGAGGCUGAGGAAGUAGAGCAACCUGUUUUUGUGUGGAAAGGAUGCAUAAGAGAUCAGCUCUUGUAAGGUUCUGGGCUGGGCUGCUGAUUACUCUGGGUUCUCUCUGCUCUAGAGGUUCACCGUGUGGCAUUUCAACACAUGUAGAAAUAGGACACAGAGCUCUGGAGUUUCUUCACCUUCAGGGUGCGAGUGUUAACUACAAAGAGCUGUUACUUGAACACCAGGAUGCAUAUCAAGCUGGGACCGUGUUCCCUGAUUCCUUUUACCCCAGCAUCUGUGAAGGAGGACAAUUCCAUGACAUGUCUGAGAGCACUCACUGGACUCCAUUUCUUAAUGCAAGCAUUCAUCAUAUCCGAGAGAACUAUCCCCUUCCCUGGGAGAAGGACACAGAGAAAUUGGUAGCUUUCUUGUUUGGAGUUACCUCUCACAUGGUGGCAGAUGUCAACUGGCACAGCUUGGGUAUUGAACAAGGAUUCCUUAGGACAAUGGCUGCUAUUGAUUUUCAUGGCUCCUAUUCUGAGGCACAUCCGACUGGUGAUUUUGGAGGAGAUGUGUUGAGCCAGUUUGAGUUUAACUUUAAUUACCUCUCACGGCAGUGGUAUGUGCCCAUCGAAGACCUACUGGAAAUUUAUAAGAAACUCUAUGGCCGAGAAGUUAUCACCAAAAAUGCAAUUGUUGACUGUUCAUAUCUUCAGUUCUUAGAAUUGUAUGGUGAGGUCUUAGCUGUUUCCAAGCUUUAUCCCACUUAUUCUAGAAGGUCCCCAUUUUUGGUGGAACAAUUCCAAGAAUAUUUCCUUGGAGGACUGGAUGAUAUGGCGUUUUGGUCCACUAAUAUUUACAGUCUAACAAGCUUCAUGUUAGAGAACGGGACCAGUGACUGCAGCCUACCUGAGAACCCCUUGUUCAUUGCAUGUGGUGGCCAGCAAGCCAAGACCCAAGGCUCAAAAAUACAGAAAAAUGAUUUUCAUAGAAAUUUGACCUCAUCCUUAACUAAAGAUGUUGGAAAAAAUAUAAGAUAUACCCAAAGAGGAGUGUUCUUUGGUGUGGAUUCCUGGACCUCAGAUUCCCUAAACUUUAUGUACCAGAUUUUGGAAAAGAACAUACGGACAAUGUUUACAGACAGCUCUCAGCAGCCACAAAAGCAUGUCUCCAGCCCCUUAGCGUCUUACUUCUUGGCAUUUCCCUACACAAGACUUGGCUGGGCCAUGAUCUCGGCUGACCUCAACCAGGAUGGGAUUGGUGACCUGGUGGUAGGCGCCCCAGGCUACAGUCACCCAGGCCAUAUCCAGGUCGGGCGCGUAUAUCUCAUUCAUGGCAGUGACCUGGGCCUGCCCCCCAUUGACCUGGACCUGGACAAGGAGGCCCAUGUGAUCCUGGAGGGCUUCCAGCCCUCAGGUCGGUUUGGCUCAGCUUUGGCUGUGUUGGACUUUAACAAGGAUGGCGUGCCUGACCUGGCCGUGGGGGCCCCCUCAGUGGGCUCUGAGCAGCUCACAUACAAGGGCGCUGUGUACAUCUACUUUGGUUCCACCCAAGGAAGACUGUCUUCUUCCCCCAACAUCACCGUCUCUUGCCAGGAUACCUAUUGUAAUUUGGGCUGGACACUCUUGGCUGCAGAUGUGAAUGGGGACAGUGAGCCCGAUUUGGUGAUUGGUUCCCCUUUUGCACCAGGUGGAGGGAAACAGAAGGGAAUUGUGGCUGCAUUUUAUUCUGGCCCCUGCUGGAGAGACAAAGAAAAGUUGAAUGUGGAGGCGGCGAACUGGAUGGUGAGAGGUGAGGAGGACUUCUCCUGGCUAGGAUACUCCCUUCAUGGUGUCAGUGUGAACAACAGAACUUUGCUGCUGAUUGGGAGUCCGACAUGGAAGAAUGCCAGUGGCCUGGACCGUUUCUUGCGCACUCAUGAUGAGAAACAGAGUCUUGGACGGGUGUAUGGUUACUUCCCACCAAAUAACCAAAGCUGGUUUACCAUAUCUGGAGACAAGGCAAUGGGAAAACUGGGUACUGCUCUGUCAAGUGGCCAUGUAAUGGUGAAUGGCACCCCAACACAGGUGCUGCUGAUCGGAGCCCCAACUCAGGAUGAUGUGGCUAAAGUGGCAUUCCUGAGCAUGACCUUGCACCAAGGUGGAACCACUCGGCUAUAUGAACUGACACAUAACUCACAGCCUUCUCUGCUCAGCACCUUUAGUGGAGACCGCCGCUUCUCUCGAUUUGGGGGAGUUCUGCACUUGAGUGACCUGGAUAAUGAUGGCUUAGAUGAAGUCAUCAUGGCUGCCCCACUGAGGAUAGCAGAUGUAACCUCUGGACUGAUAGGGGGCGAAGAUGGCCGAGUUUAUGUAUAUAAUGGCAAACAGAUCAUGAUUGGUGACAUGACAGGCAAAUGUAAAUUAUGGAUAGCUCCAUGUCCAGAAGAAAAGGCACAAUAUGUAUUGAUUUCUCCUGAAGCAAGCUCAAGGUUUGGGAGCUCUGUGAUCACUGUGAGGUCAAAGGAAAAGAACCAAGUUGUCAUUGCUGCUGGGAGGAGUUCUUUGGGAGCCCGACUUUCUGGGGCACUUCAUAUCUACAGCCUUGGCCUAGAUUAAAGAUUUCACUCCAUUUUCCUCAACCUCCCCUCCCUCCCUCUUGCUGAGUCAUUUCCAGGGUGAGCACUGCUGGACAAAGCACAUCCAGUGGAGCCUUGGUAGAUCCUGCUAGAGAUGGAGCUCUUGGAAGUGAAGAUAUACACACACCAACAGCCAGACUAUUUGGAAAUAUGAUACAGUAAAUGAUGACUACAUCAGAAGUAUGUGAAAUAGCAGAUACUCUAAAUAUUCAUGACCCCUUCCAAAGUUUACUUCCUUUGCAUCUAAAUUUAUUUCUACCUUAUUAUUUGUACUCACACCUGUUGUACAACCUAGUUCCUCUUCCACAUAAAAACCUGUCUUUCUGAUGCCCAGAAAGGCCUCUGUGGUUCUCUCUCUGGACAGCUCCGUACAAAAUCCCUUCUAUAAAUCUUCUUUUAAAAUUGGUGACCCAUUCCAAUCAAAGUGAAACAAUGCACAGUAUAUAGGAAAAAUAUAGAGGUGGUGGAGGAGAAACACUACAGUGAGGAAAAAGUACAGGGGUAAGGAAUAACCUCAAAACUCCAAAAUCACUUGUGAAUGAGCUGGUUCUUAUAGACAGUACCGCAUUUGCAGUGUUUCACAUAGUAAAGGAUAAACAAAGACUAAAACUUUAUCUUUCAGUACCCUCAAAUGCUUCUGUAGACAUAGCUGUUCUAACAGUUGAUGAAUCUAGUGAUUCCACAGGUUUUAGUUUGAAGGCUCCCAAGAGGAGCCUUCAUUACAUCAGGUUGCCACAAGCUGUGCCAACAGAGCUACAGCAGGAAGAAGAGAUUGGGUCUGAGCCAAAGGCUGUAAGAGACAAAGAAAGGAGUGAUUAUUAGGCCCUGGCUUCCCUUGUUCCUGGGCUGGUUUUAGUAGAGUAGAUGUAACCUGCUAGGCCUGCAAUGGAGUAUGUUUAAGGCAAGGAAUGUACCACAGGGUUCCAGCUUCACCAAAAAUUUGUAGGCAUUAUUAUCUGUCAACAGUAACUAGCUGGUUCUGUAUCAAUCAGGAAAGAACAUAUUUUCUGACACAAGUGGAAUAUACUAAAAGUGGGAGAUAGUAACAAAUGACAAGAGUCCUUCCUAGCUUCUCGAGAGGCAGAGUAGAGACUAGUCAAAGGAGAUGGGAAUCCAAGAGUAAAGUUAAAUUAGAAAUCAAACGCUACUAGAGUUAAAAUUGUAAGUAUAUGGUGAAACAACCUAACAGGCACAUACUCAGAACCUCUAGAUCCUUCCGAGGACUCUCUCAUUUUUCUUAAAGAGCUGGGCUAGUUGCCUGGUUCCCUUUGGCAUAGCAAAAGGCACACAGAAACACUAUUUGGUUUUGUUUUUGUGUAACAACUGGCAGCUCAACCAAUUUGAAGAAUUAUUUUUAAUUAAAAAAAGCUUAUUUUCAGGGGACCAGAAAUUACUUAGCUAUAUUCACUUAGAAGUUGAGAAGUCUAAGUACAGAACAGACUGAUAACACUGCAUCUUAUUAAAGGAAUGUUUCUCUCAGUACUGCAUCUUUUUAUUAGAAGGAUACAUACUUUCAUAUGGCUACUGCUACAUGAAGUGCCCCUGUUGUUAUGCUUCACUAAAUAAUAUGGCCUGUGUUUAAACACAAUCAUUAGUUACUUAAUAAUUUUUAUUUUUCUCAAUGCCUGAACAUACCAGAUAGCAAACACCAGGUGAAAAGGUUCAAAUUAAUAGGUAGAAGCAAGUUUUCAUAUAGGAUAUUUAUUUAACCCCAUAUUAAAAAAUGAUAUAAAUUGUACUCUUACUGUUGAAGGUCAACCAGUAACGCACAUAUGAAAAACUCAGCAUAUGGAAAAAAAAUCUUAAUAUAUGACAGUCUAAUGUAUUAUCCCAACAGGUAGUCAAAUUUUCAUCCCACUAAGUAGGAAUGAAACAGUAGUCCUAAGCACUGAUUAUGAAAUGCGUGACAAAAAUGGAAAUACCUGGUAGGACUUGUAAUCUUUCAUUAACAAAAAUUUGAACUUCAUACAAUUAACUCAAAAUUGUCUUUAUUUCAAGAUAUCAGAACAUGUACAUAUUUGCACCUUUUGUCUAUUACUAUGGAACAACUUCCUUCAAGACUUCAAGAUCAGAAUUGUUUUAGGCCUUUGUAUCAGACUUAAAGAGAUAUGAAGUGAGUCUGGGAGUAAAUUUGGUUCUCUGCGUUCCCUAUUUCAUGUACCAUUCGUUAGACUACUUCUCAAAGUAUUAACUAAAGCAAUAAAAGUAAAUCCUUAAAUCACAGUGUGAGUUUAAUAAUGUAAUUCCAAAAAAUAAAACUGUGUAUAGCUCUUGGAAUAGCUUUCUAA